AUGGAGCACCAGGAGCCUGUGGUGAGGCAGGAAUUGGAGGAAUCGACGGGCAAUGUGCCUAGUGAGUCCAACGAGCCCACUCCUGAAAUCCCUGUUUUGGAAAGUGGACCAGAGGUGCCUCAGGGACCUUUCGACCCUAGCACCAUACUCGACCUACCGGCCAUGUCACUGGACAAGUUAGCAAUUAUUGAGGCUCUGCUAGCGGCUGAGUUUAAUUCGCUUUCCAAAGAGUACGUGGACGCCCGGGCCGAAAGAACAAAAUAUUUGCUCAGUAUCAUAGACGAGCUGAUUCUGGCUGCGGAAAGUCAUGACCGAGAAUGGAGCACGAUAUAUGGGGAGAAAACAAAAAACCUCGAAAAAGUCAUUGCAGCCCCUGAACACUACUUGCUUGGAAUGUCGGAAGAAAAAUACAAUGAUGAAACCCUUCGAGCUCUGGUAGCGCUGAUUGUGGCUCCAAAGGAUCUAGACGACAUUGCAGCCCGCAACGAUAAACUACCUUUUGCACAGCAUUUCAGAAAAAUAUCAAAGCCCUAUGAAACACAACUACAAGCUCUGCGAAACCAGUACGACUACCAGAACGCCUUGAUUGAUAAUAAUGUUACACGCAAUAAGGAAAUCAUUUGGGAACAGUACCUUCAGGCUAUGCUCGAUCGUCGCGACGACCUCAUAGAAAAAACACACCACGAGCUUGCCAAAUUAUACGAAGAAUUUCACGGAAUCAGAGCGGAACGCUCCGCAAUUCUGGAUUGGAAUCACUACUUUAAGUCGGUGGUGCCCGUCAGCGAAAUGGCCGACUCGGAGCCCCACCUGCAAGUACGUCUAAAGCGGGAAAACGUCGAUUCUUAUUACGACAUUGAUAAUCGCUAUUUCAAGAAGAAUAAGAUCCAGUUGACCAAGGCCAAGAUGGAUGCGCUCGAGAAUUUGCGAGAAUUUGAGGCCAAACAACGUGGCCAUGGCAUGCCUCAUCAUGAAGAAGCAACUGUCAAGCUUACCUCUUGCUCUGGCCUUACCCAGGAUGAGGUAGAUGCCGAUCUCGAGGCCCUACGUAGCAGCAGGCUGCACGACAGAGGGGAGGCCAACCAUACAAAGGACGAACCAGACGUCGCUUCUAAGCUGCACGUUAGUCCGCCGCAAACCAAAUUGGAGUCAGUGUCACCACAAGCCUAG